UCAUUUUGACGCCUGUCACCUGUCAUAAGUUCUGUAAGUUGCAGAUUGGCAAUCGGUGUUGGCGCCAGAAAUUCGUUAUUUACUUAGUUAAUAAAUGGUUAUUUUUUGUUUAGUUCAGUAAUAAAAUUAACAAUGAAACUACAGUGCCAAGUAGAAGUUGUGAAUAGACUACACAAUGCUUUAAAUGUAAGAAAAAGUGGGAAGCAUUUGAAAUCAACAUUGGCCAUCGGCAAGGAACCGAAGUCUGAAACAGAGUAUUUUAUUUUACAUUUCUCAUCAGUUAAUAAAACCGGAACAAAGUACAGGGUCAAAAGCAUAAAGCAAGUGUUCGUGAAAUGUUUAAAUGAGGGUAAAGCUACGAUAAGAUUUGAGGAGCCUCCGCACGAUUUGUGCAUCAAAAGUGAGACUAUCCAAUUGAAGUGUUUUAUGCGGAUACUCAAGUCGUGUAUAACAGGAGAUGCAAAGGAUUUACAGCUUGGUACUUUGUCAAGCAUAAGUGUGACUUCCAAGGACAAUGCACCCACAAAACUUGUUAUUCAUGACCGCAGUGAAUUUCCUGUGAAAGGUCUUCCAAGAACAUUAGAAUCUCUGCAUAUAAAUGGGCUUGGUUUGUGUAAUUUUAGAAGAGAUAUAUUGUUAUUGAAGCUACUUACAGUACUUGAUUUAAGUAAUAAUGAAAUUGACAAGAUACCUCCAGAGUUUGGUAGAAUGCCUAACUUAUGUGAACUGUACUUGGCCAGUAACAAACUUGGUGUUCAAAAGGAAAUAAAUUGGAAGUGGUUAUUUGGACCUCAGAUAACUAAAUCUCUGAAACUGUUAGACCUUAGCAGCAACCAUCUGAUGCAGCUACCAAAGUCAAUCUGGAAACUACAAAAACUAGUAACUCUCAAACUGGAUAAUAAUCAGCUGGAAAAACUACCAGGACCUAUUGGGCGAAUUAGCACAUUAAGGUACUUAACAAUAUCAAGAAACGCACUGAGUUCACUACCGUGCAGUCUAAUGCAAUGCAAAUUGGAACACUUAGACAUCUCCGCUAACAAUUUUAAUCAUCACAUAGAAAACCCAGAAUUCAAGCAGCACUCACCAUGGGACUUCUAUGUCGGUAGUUUGUUACAUUUAGCAUCAAAAGUGGUGCUGAAACAUAGAAUGUUCUACGCCCCUAAUAUAAUACCAUGGACUCUUGUGGAAUUUCUAGACAACGCAAAUAUGUGUGUUUGUGGAAUGCCUGUGGUAAAUGAUAUGUAUUUUAGGAAUAAAGAGUAUGAGCUUAACGAUUUUUUCAGGGCUGUAGUGUUUGACAAUAACAGGACUAGUACUGUUGCAUUCGAGUGUUACUAUUGUUCUCCUAGAUGUUUUAGCAGAUAAUUGACUGAUUAACUGACAAAGAUUUUAAGUAGUUAAUGACAUCCAAUUGAGCUUGACAAUUAGCAUAUCCACGUACAUAUACUCUGGUGAUACUGACAAUGCACAGUUAUAAUACCAUUAGGCUGGCCUCAUGAUGAACCAAUUGAAUCAAUAGAUGAUGGAAAAGAGCCAAAGAAACAGUAAUAAAAUAGUGCAAACUUACAAUAUUUUAGCUCGGUAUAAUCAUCAAUAGGAAGUAAAAGAUAAAACAGUGAGUGAUAAAAGCUUGUAUUAAUUUAUUUAAACUUAACUUAUUUAUUAAAUCCAUUUUGAAUGAAUAUACAA